AAACCUUUAGUAGAAGUCUUGAUACUCUACUCAACCUACUAUUAGGUUUAGUACUACUCCCGAUACUGUACUCGGCCCAAUAGUAGGUUUAGUACUACUCCAGAUACUCUACUCUACUACAGCUUUAGUACUACUCCCGGUACUGUACUCUACCCGCUCGGGCAGUCACUCGGGUAUCUACCCGAUGCUCGACCAAAGGACGUGUUCGUGACGUCAUUCUUUGGCAGAAGCGGCGUAAUACGCACACAAGUACUGGUAACCACGCAGACAACUACUCACUACUCACGGACGCACGGACCCUGUAGGUACCGAGUAGCGAGUAGGCGAGUAGCGGGCAGGGGAGGUGGUAGCUAUGAGUGAGACCGCCGGUGGAUCCGCCGCAUCUAGCGCCGCCGCAUCUAGCGUUGCGGGAGCGGGAGCGGGUACCGAUGCACCAUCAGAGGACGUGGUCGAAGUCUCUGCAGGAGUAGACUCAGCGGCGGUGCGCCUCAAGCAGCCGGCUCCGAUCUACACGAAGAGCGGCGACGACUUCGUCGUGCCGCAGGUUACGAUCGACUCCAUCGAGUCGUUCAAGGCCAAAGACGAGUAUCAACGGGAAGGAGCUCGGUACUCUACUCUACUAAACCUUUAGUAGAGGUCUCGAUACUCUACUCACCCUAAUAGUAGGUUUAGUAGAGGUCUCGAUACUCUACUCUACUAAACCUUUAGUAGAGGUCUCGAUACUCACCCUACUAUUAGGUUUAGUACUCCUCCCGAUACUCUACUCUACUAAAGUUUUAGUAGAGUUCUCGAUACUCUACUCGACCUACUAUUAGGUUUAGUACUACUCCCGAUACUCUACUCUACUAAACCUUUAGUACGACUGUCGAUACUCUACUCAAAAUACUCUACUCUUCUAAACACACCCUUGAAAAGAAUGCACACACAGUCUGUUUCGUUGCAAACGGCCUUUCAAAUUCCUAAUGGCAGGCACGGACCAGGUUUUUCUUCGAACUACAGCGGUUUAUUCGUGUCUGUUGACAGCCGUUGGGUCAGUUCUUGUCCCAAAAAAACACAUGAAAUCGAUCCUUUUCGCAACUACAUCUAUCUAAGGGCCGUUUUAAAAGGACCGAGUUUUGUCAAAAAUUUUGAAAGUGUCAAAAAAAUGGAACCUGUAUGUAGGCGUUUGUCCAUUUUUUUCAAAAAUAUUUGGAACGAAGUUGGGCGCGAAAACUUUGCUCCACUUCGUUCCAAUUUUUUGACAACCCUCUCAAAGUAUUUGGAGCACUUUCCAAAGUACCCUUGCAGAGGCACGCGAGGGCUGCUGCGUCUGCACCACGAGUGCCCCUCACCGUAGAAAGUCAGCUAGGGUUGUGUGCGAGUCAUCUGUCGCUGUCGCUAUUGCUAUCGUCGCUGUUGCCAACGUUGACGAUGCUGUCUGCUGUUGCUGUGUCGUCGAAAAACGGCGGUCCGCCAUGAUGGCUUGCAGUUGUUGCUUCGCGUCCGCCGCUUUGUUUUUUCCUUUUCCCGGGGGGGUAGGAGCAGUGGUUGCCACCCCUCGCCGGCGGCCUGCUCCACCCUCGCUCUGAGUGUUGGUGGCGGCAGCGCCUCCCGUGGUAACAUGAGUGUUCCCCGAGAUGCCAGGCAGCAGCACUAUCUUGCUGGAGAGCAAGCCUCCACCGCCUACGGCGGCACCGAGAGAGCCCGUCUGCUGGAAUUUCGCCGGGGUUUUGGUCUGCCGGCCACGCUGGGUGGUCGUGAUAUCCAUGUCGGUGUCCAUGAUGUCGUGUUUUCCGCGGUUUGUGUUGUGUCGUGUGUGUUGUCUCGAAGUGAGCGCUACAACUCACGGACGGCGUCAUUUUUUUUUACACAAGUUGCACAAGUCCACGUCACACGUUUAAAAUGACUGCACACAGGUUCCAAGUUUUUGAAAGACAAAUGUCGAAAAUUUUGACAAAAAAGUCGGUCCGUUUAAAACGGCCG